UACGUCCACCUUCUUCUCCACCGAGAGAAGAAAUUAAAAAAUGGCAGCUUUGACAACGCUAACGCCAUGCCACGCCACCUCCUUGCAUUUUAGUAAUAGAAUUUCCCAUCAUUAUUCUCAAAACCAAAAUGUUUAUAUUAAUCAUACUAAAAGAAUUCACAAAGCAAAGUCCUCUUUGCUUAGUUAUCAUCAUCCUAAUCCUUCCCUUGCUUUCCCUUCUCUUUCUUCACAAGCCACAUCAAUUAUUCCAUCAACCCAUUUCUCUACUUCAGGCAGUGGCAGCUCAUGGUUGCAAGAUACCACCAUGAAUCACGAUGCCAGUAGUUGUAGAGGAUUAAGGGAGGGUUCAAUAUAUUCAGCGUUUCCCACACAACCUGCACAAGUUUCCGCUGUACAGGACCUUUAUGAUUUCAUAUGCUCUGGUCCCCUUUUGGACAAAGUUGGACUGACUGCUGAAAAGGUGGCGGAAUCUAUUGACAAGUGGUUGUUUUAUGGAUCAAAGCUUUGUCGGUUGUUUCAGCUCAAUGAACUUUACCUUACCAUUCCCGAGAAGGCAAGGUUUUAUCACUAUUACAUACCAGUCUUUUUCUGGUGUGAAGACCAGAUAUCAGAACACAGGUCCAAGUUCAAAGACGAGGAAGAAAUUCCUCCCUUAGUGAUUGGUUUCAGUGCACCACAGGGUUGUGGAAAGACAACACUCGUCUUUGCUCUAGAUUAUCUUUUCAGGAUUACUGGCAGGAAGUCUGCAACAUUAUCCAUUGACGAUUUCUAUUUGACAGCAGAUGGUCAGGCCAAACUUAGGGAAGAGAACCCGGGAAAUGCACUUUUGGAGUUACGUGGAAAUGCUGGGAGCCAUGAUCUUCCAUUCUCCGUUGAAACACUGACAGCUCUAAGCAAGUUGACUAAAGAAGGUAUGAAGAUGAAACUUCCUCGAUAUGAUAAAUCUGCAUAUAGAGGUAAGGGUGACAGAGCCGACCCUUCGAUAUGGCCGGAGGUUGAAGGACCAUUAACGGUUAUCUUAUAUGAGGGUUGGAUGCUGGGAUUUAAACCCCUUCCUACUGAAGUUGUUAAAGCUGUUGAUCCACAGCUGGAAACCGUAAAUAAAAAUCUGGAAGCAUAUUAUGAUGCAUGGGACAAGUUCAUUAAGGCAUGGAUUGUUAUAAAAAUUCAGGACCCAAGUUGUGUCUACCGGUGGCGUCUCCAGGCUGAGAUUGCGAUGAGGGAUGCAGGCAAACCUGGAAUGUCCGACGAGGAGGUGAGCGAUUUCGUAUCACGAUAUUUGCCGGCUUACAAGGCUUACCUUCCUACACUGUACUCCGAAGGACCAAACGGAUCGGAUCCGAAGCAUCUCCUGGUGAUUGAAAUCGAUGAAGGGAGGAACCCUAUCCUAUUUGAGUAGAUUUUUUCUUUCUCAACAAUGAUUUUCUUUUUACUAUUCUGUCACUAAAUUAUAUCAACUUUCAAUUGUAUCACUUAAUGCCUUAAUGGAAACAAUGAUGUUACUGUUUUAAUUGGUAUAAUAAAACAUUUGAUCCUCAA